AUGGAAACAAAAGAAUUUUUAGAGAAAAGAAUUCAAUCACCUAAAAGAACAGUUAUUUGUUGCAGAGUGUCACCGCUCCAAAAAGCACUUGUUGCAAAACUAGUGAAACGUCAACUUAAAGCCAUUCUAUUAGCAAUUGGAGAUGGUACAAAUGACGUUCUAAUGAUUCAAGUAGCUCACGUUGGUGUUGGAAUUAGUAGUCUUGAAGGAGUGCAAGCAGCUCGUAGUGCAGAUUCAUGA